AUGUUCCGCUGUGGCGCCCUAUGGGUACAAGGACAUCCACAAGAAGGACGACGACUUCGAAAAGAUGCUCUUCGACAGCCUGCUGCUCUUCGUCCGGCUGGAGAGCAUGAUGGAGGACUACACGUCUACACGGACUCCGACGAUUACAACGCCUUGGCGGACCAGCAGGAGCUGAACGAAGUGAGCAGCAACGUCAGGUCUAUCGCCGAGCUCAGCAGCUAUGCCGGGUCAUGCUCCGGAGAACAACGAUGGCCGGGUCAUGUCGUCGGGGCAGACGACGACGGCGGCAGCGUUACGUUCAAGACGGUGGGCGACGAGGUGGCCUUCCUGAACUCAUGCAGGGACGCCGGGGUGGUGCACAUCCUCGGCAACACUGUCAUCAGGGCCUGCAGGGACUCAGGACUGGUGAAGAAGAUCGCCAUCAACUACCUGUACGCCUUUCUGAGGAAAAUCUGCAGGGAGAACAGCGUCAUCUUCAAUGUUCCCCAUGAGAGCCUGCUCAAUGUUGGGCAUGUGUUCUGUGUCUAG